GCUUCAGAGUACAUACGACUUGUCCUUGCGCACACAAAGCGCUUCCUUUGUGUCCUGAGGCGAUCAGGGGUAUUUCUGAUCUUCGAUGACACGUGAUUACCAAUGCCAGAUAACAAAUGUGACGAAUCAUUUGCCCAAAAUAACAGUGAUACUGUGAAGUCAACUCGUCCUUUGCAUGUGAUUACACAAUAUGCGAGAGCGGAUGUUUCUGAAAUGCAUUCACCUGGCAGACCAACCAGUUUAGGACUAUGUUUAACAAACGCUUCAAAUCUGACAGAUCUCAAGAGCUGUUCCUUAUCGCUUCGUAAUGUUGUAUCUCAAGAAGUUUGUUACCAGCCAUGGACCGUCCGAGCUGUAGACACAUCAGAGUUUGAGAAGCUCCUAGGACAUCUUGGCAACAAUGGUUCUACACCAGUGACUCCAACUAGUUUUUUAAACCCAAACAAUAUAACAGAGGAUCAGGAGUUGUUUGCAGAUUUUUAAAUAAUGUCAAAACAUCAUCGAGCCAAAUCAAGCAAUACCAGCAUUUACAACAUAAAUUACUACAUUUAUCCAGCUAGUAUAUUAAUGCUCAAAGUUACCGGUUAAUGUAUUUUACUUAUUCUUCUAGCAAUUUUUCUCGAACUUUGAACAAAGUUAAAGCUGAACAAGAGGGAUGGACACUAAUUCCAAAUUCGUCAUCUUUCGAUAGUGUUAUUACUGAAUCAACUAGUUCUUCCUUUGAAAAGCAAGUCCAGUCAAACCGAAAUGUUUCCAUGUCUUUUAUGGAGAGUUACACUACCGGUGCCGAAACUUUAAAUUCCAUAAAGUCAGAAAGCGAUCAAAUAAACCCAUCCGUACACGUUUCCGAUCCAACGAAAAUAAAUUCACCAAAUUUAACCGAUGAACCACUGGUAUUACUAAGCGGUACGUCUAAUGAAAAUCAUACGGGAGCCCAAUCCAGUGUAAAUUCAAUACGAAAACAUAUCGCAAGUUCCAAAUGCAAUUCCUCAACCUCUGAUCCAUUCCAAGAAAAUUUUUAUUCCAAUAUCCUAUCAACUUCUAAUUCAAAUCCUAAUAAUAUCCAUAGGACAAAUACAGAAAUCCAUUGGGUAGCUAGUCUACCUACUAUUUCAUCCAUUGCUAAUGGGUUAAAACAAGCUGUUGCAGAUCGUAGUUGCGGUUCUACAGAUUUCUGUUCAAAUUUAGACUCACUUUCUUCAGAAUCACGCUUUACAAAUUCAGUUUAUCCUCACGAUAGUAUGGGAUCUCACAGAAUAUCAGGAAAUGUUUUGACAUCAACUGAAAAUAUUUUAUGUAAUAACGACCCAGUUCAUUGUAGAUUAGCACAGAAAUUACCAAUUUUAACCCCGUGUAAUUCUGAACAACAGGCUUCUGAUAUUCUUGUUCAUUAUGCUAUUCAAGAGAAUCACAAUACUGUUCAGAUGAACGGUUCAUGCAGUGAAGCUAUUGGUGAUGACUUGGUAGCAUCAUCAUCUAGUUCAAGAUUGUGUACCAAUGAUUCAUCUGAUUUUGGGAUAAGAAAUGCUCUCAAUGAACUAUAUUCUUCUGCUCGUCCAACUCUACCUAAUGUUGGGGAAUGUAGAAUUUUAACUCCUGUUUUAUCAUCAAUUCCUGAAUCAACAUCAACUGAUGGUAAUCCAUGUAAUGAAAGUACACAAAAGACUCCUGCUCAUAUUUAUGUUAGCUGUCAGUCGGCUACACCUCGAGAUAGUUCAAAUCACCUGUUAGAUAAUCAUUUGAACCCAACUUCGAUCGCUAGUCAGUCACCUGGCUCUUCAGGUAUUCAUAACAGUGACAGCAUGCUAAACAGAAAUGAUAUCUGUCUUUCGCGUCCACCGGAGUCUCAUACUAAUGGAAACUUACGCAGUCAACAGUUCGAUGGAAUGUAUUGUACACUUGGUAACCACUUUUCUGAUAAGUCAUUAUUACUCCAAUCAAACAGUAGGUUUACAACAACCAGUCAUUUAAUCCCAUGUACUAAUCCUGUGUGUGAUUCCUUUCUGGAUGCUCAUAUGUUACAAAGUUUGAGGUCACCUGGAAUAUCAAGCACUGAUAUCAAGCAGGGAUCUGUUAAUUCUGUGUUUAAUCUCACACCAAUUCCUUCAUUUUUAUCCGAUGAAAGUAAUGGUGAUCUUGACCAGAGAAAUAAUUAUUUUCAACAGUUGUCAAAUUCUAAGUCCGAUACAAUUGACAUAACUUCAUUUCCUGCAGUAACCAGCUGCUUAAAUCCUUUUUCUGCUGAACCAUUAUCAUUAGUCACUAAUUCAAACUGUCUCAAAAAAUCUAGACGUCAUGGUGCAGGGAAUAAAAAGUCACGUAUGAAUACUUUAAAUACUAAUUCUGGAUUACCAGUUGUUUGCGAUAGUAGUACAGACAUAAUACCGACCCAAGGUAUGUUUAAUGAUCCAAGUAAAAACGGUGUAAAACGACCACGUAACUUAACGGGACGUGGAAGCUCAGAUGUAUCUGGUAAAAAUCCUUCUAGUGUUUAUAAUAGUGAGAAUUAUUCAACUGCAAAUCAACAGGCAUAUCGCGGAGAUUCUAAUAAGUGUUUUACCGGUAAAGUUGAAUCUUUGGUUAUUGAUGAUGCGGAUGAUACUAGUGAUCAUUCAGAAUCACUUAGCACAGGAACUGGUCAUGCUGUUAGGGAUAACACUCCGGUAUCUCCUUUAGAUGAAGUUGAACAGCAUCAUUUGAAAUUGGAGAGAAAGCGUGCUCGUAAUCGUGUUGCUGCACGUCGUUGUCGUGAACGUAAAAUAUCACUUAUCAGAUCGUUAGAAAAUCAAGUAGCUGAACGUGAUGCUCAAGUAAGAAAUUUAGAGGAUACACUAGCUCGGUAUAGAGCUGAAGGUGAACAAUUAAGAUUACAUGUAGAAAUGCUAGCUAGUUCAUAUCCUAGUUUAAAAGCUGAGUUAUAUCGGUUCCCUUUUCUUUUCCAACCAUCAUCGUCGCAUGCACAACCACCACCGCCUCAACAACAACAGCAACAACAAACUUCUAAUCAAACUACUCCAUUAAAAUCGGAACUUCCAGAUACAUCAUCGUCAAAGCAUUUCACCUGAAAAGGUCGAGUAAUUACAACUAAAAAUACCACCGAUAUAUUUUUGUAGUUUCUUUGACACAAAGUUGUAAGACAAUUCCUUUUUCUCCUCUUGUUUGUUUUUGUUACGGCAUUUUAAUCCACAGGCCAUAUUUUCUCACUUUUCGUUUUUGUCAUAAUGAUUUCUAUAUUUUUUAAUUUUUUAAGGAAAAAAAACGCUCUUUUUAGGUCUUAAUGAUGAACGGACCAUAUGUAUACAUACAUACAUCAUACUUUUCUAUAAAUCAUUUCACAUUUCCUUUCUGUCCUAUGUUUAUUAUUUCCUAGUUGUCUUUGGAAAAUUAUGUGUAGUUUUCAGUCUGGUUUUUCGUCUGUUCUAACAUAUUUAAUUCAUUUGAUCUUACGUUUAUCAUGCUAUCUCAUAAUCGUGUAACAAUUAAGAAUGACCUACUUUACCGGUUAUUAUGUAAUUAUCAUUAUCUUCCAUUCGGUUAAGACCAUAAUUGAUAUUCUGAUGUUGAUAAAUGGAAUCAGCGUCAAUUUGUGCGCCUUUUUUUAAAGUUUUUUUUAAAUUUUUAUAUUACCAAUGUUACUAUUAGUAUUAUUACAUCGGACUGGGAAACGUUUUUCCUAACAGAUUAAAAUUGUUUCACAGGUAUUAUUUUCGAAAAUUCAAUUUUGAUUACAAAAUGUUCAUUCUCCUUUUGCUUUGAUGGUUUUCUACACUUGACAGUUUUUAAUUGUUACAUAUUGUAUUGCCUAUCACUAAAUAAGGUAAGUUGGCUGCUCAUAUUUUGUUUUCGUCAAAAGUUGGGAAGAAAAACAUUGUCACUAUGUAUUAACUCCAGUUGUUGUAUUUCUGAUCAUUUCUUUUAUAUAUACACAUUUUCUGUCUAUAUAUGUUUUAUGAAAUAUGCACAUAUAUUGCCUUUAUUAUAUAAGUCAUUGUAAGCCAAAUGCUAUAUAUAUAUAUAUGGUAGCCUCUUUUAUUUUCUGGAGGUUCCAUCCAACCCGGUUCAAAGAAUGCACACAUUUCAUAUAUAUAUACAUUAAUACCAACAUAAAUAUAAUAGAUAAAUCUGUAAAUGUAUAUGAAUGGUUGGUGUUCUUUUAGAAUUUUCCAUAUGCCUUCUUUUUUUCCGUUUUUCUGACGUUGCUUCUGUUUAAAUAUGCAGUAUUAAUGAUUAAACUAUUUUAUACAUGUAACACUAUUCUCUAUAUACUUACACAUUAUCCUGAUUUUUAUGAACUUUCUGAUUCUGUUAAUGGGGAACAAUUUUAUUCAUGCUCCGUGGUUUGUAACUUAUCCUAUUGUACGUAAAUACAAAUGUAAUGUGCCUUCUAUGUUGCUGCAAAGAAUAUAAUAUUGUUGUAUACGAAUAAUAUCUAUCUAUAUAUAUGAUCGGUAUAUUGUGAAAUUUAGGCAACAUGUUAUUUACGUGUAUGGCUAUUGUCAUCAUGCAUUUAUUCUAUCAAAAGGAUAAUUAAACUUCUUAUUCAUCUACAGGCAGGUACAUUAUCUUUUUAAAAUUAUUUUUAAUGUAAUGCUCAUUCUUUCUACGUAAUUUCCCCCGCCAUCCAUAGCGCCGUUUAUAUAUAGUUUUCAUCUAUUCGACCAUUUCACCAUCCUCUUUAUUACUAACUGGUUCUAAUUGAAUAACAAGUGAUUAUCUGUUAUCCUUUGAAAUAGUCUUUUGUUUUGGGCUGAAGAAGAGGACAAAGUACAUGGUACACUUUUUUCAUAUAUAAUUCCUAUUCAUUAUUGUUGUUUGGACCAUGGAAUAUGUAGGCAGUUUUUGCGACCAUUCUUUUUUUCUAAUGUUAUCUAUCUACGGUAUAUUUUUCACGUCAUCUCAUCUGUGUUAUUACGAUUGCUUUCUCCUCAUAUUGAUGAUGAUGAUGAUAUCUUCAAUACCAGCAAGGAAAAAUGAAUUAGUCAGUUAAUUAAAAAAAAAAGACAAACAUAAAAUGUAAAUAUUAAGUUUAUAAUUCUUCAUUUUAAUAACACUAUUACAAAUACUAGUGCUACUAUAAUUAUUAUUCUUAACUUUUUUCAUAACACAGUUUUCGUUUAAUAAAUUUUGAUAGUCAAACCUAAAUAAAAAUUAAUUACAUUC